CGCCGCUAUCUUGUGGACUGGAUGAGUGAUGUUGGCGAGCACUGCCGCCUACAUCACAGCACUAUUCAUGUGAGUGUCCUUUACUUGGACAAAAUAUUUCGAUCAGGGAGUAUCCCUCGCAGUCAGUGGCAGCUUCUGGCAACCGCUUGUAUUUCUGUGGCUGCCAAGUAUGAAGAAGCAGAAGAACACUGUCCUCCUAUUCCGGAUUUGUUGCAACUUACGAAACUUGCCGACGUCGGGCACACAUCACUGUCUUUUCGAGAGGGUGAGCUGAGAGUUCUGCGUCAUUUGGGAUGGCGGCUUCGUGCCAUUCCUCCUAUUCACGUCGUAGGCUAUUUUUUGGCCAAGGGUGUAUGCUUCGAGGAUGAUAGUUGGCAGGAGCGUGGUCUUGUAGAAAAGAUACCCAAGUACGUCAAAAAGUACGCUGAGUUCUUCUGCAAUCUGACUUUGCAGGAGCACUCUUUCCAGCAGUACUUGCCAACCAAGCUGGGAGCCGCGAUUAUUCUCGCCUCACGCGUUGCGCUGCAACUAGAACCCCGUUGGAAAGCGGAACUUGUCCGGCUUACAGGCUAUUCGGAGUCGGAUAUUUCCCCUAUUUUCCAGCAUGUAUGGAACCAUUACGAGGAACAGUUUCCCGGCCAUGGAUCUCGCUCUAUUUCGCCCCGCAGCGUGCAAGCGUCCACAUUCUAACGUGUAUACAUUCGUAUUUUGAAUAAUAGCAUAUAUGCCCAUC